GAGAGAGAGAGAGAGAGGGAGAGGGAGAGAGAGAGGGAGAGAGGGAGGGAGGAUCACACAGACUGGAUAAAAUCUUUAACGACUGAAAGCUGGAGUUUUUGAGGGCUUCAGAAACUACGCCAUCACCGAAGAACCAGCAGGGGAUGAGAUCAUCCCUCACAAUGCAGCCAUACAGUCACACAACUCCUGUAAUAAAUCAACUGCCUGCAACACAAUGGACUUCCUGCAGUAGGAUGCCUAGCCCUGCAAUACAGGUGCAAUAUUACAAUAUGCAACAAAUUGUGUCACAUCAACAAAAUAUUCAACAGUCUCAUGGAUUAAGGAAUGAUCAGUCUUCCUCUCAGCCUGUUUCAAGUUCAGCACAUUUGCAGGCAAGACAGAUGCCGUUUAGCAACUCAUGGAGCGAAGUUUCUCUCAGACAUUCAUCUCAAACAACAGCUACUUUACCAAAUGGACACUUUGCACAAUUGCCAGCCUCCCAGCAUGGGACCCUCACUCAAAACACCAACCAUCAUUUCUACUCAAGGCAUGAUGACCGUGAUAUUGUUCCUCAGCAGAACUAUAAUAUGGUACCCUUGAACAAUGUCAGCGGUACGACCGUUUCUUCAUUCUCUUCUGCUCAUAGUAAUGCAAAUAAUGUAGCUGAACAAAAUAACCUGAGACAUCAGUCAGUUUCACCCCAGUACAAGUAUUCCAAUGGACAUAAUCAUAGAAUGAACAUUCAUCAACCUGCAGUUCAGCCACAACAAACAGAUCUGUUUUAUCAGGUUCUGUCUAAUCAGGCACCGCAGAACCAUCACAACAAUCAAGGUCAGAUAAGAGAAGGAAUAGAAAAUGGUGUUUUAUAUAACUCUUAUAACCACCACCAUGCUACAUCACAAAGACACAUCACUCCAUUGCAGCCUUCAUACUACAAUCAACAGACUGGUCAGAGCCAUUCAAGCUAUAUGGCUAAUCAGGUUCAAUAUUCAUCACAAACCCAUCAUCAGCCUCCAGUCUACAGAACGGAGAACAAUUCUGCCAGUUACGCUCUUUUAAAUAACCCGCCUUCAUACUCAUCAAACACAAUUCACCACUUUGUCAAUCAAAAUCAGAGGAUAAAUCAAAGUGCAGAAUUAGGUUUACCUCAUGUCCAGCCCCAGAUUCAACAGCAACAUUGCAGCACCAAGCAAGCUACUGUACCUGCCAUUCAACGCAACAAACAAUCACAAGACUUACAAUUAAAUAACCCAGUCAAUAGGUCCUCACAAGUUAUAUCUUCUAACAAACCUACCAGGACAUCACCUUCCAGCUAUUCAGAACCGAAUCUCAACUACACCAAAGUCAAUGUACAGGCUACGCAAGAGAAGCAGAGCACACAAAUGCCUUCUCAAAAGCAUGGCACUAGACCUCAGCAAAAACAAAGCCACAUUCCCACUAAUGAAGGCUACUCUAAGACACCAGAAUCUGCCCAUUAUAGUGCCUAUCCAACCCUACACAGUAAAAAUAUCCAAAGGGUGACGGACCAUCAGACACCUGUCCAGAGAACAGAAAUUUUAAAAGAGAAUGAUGUGCUUGGAAAUCAAGUGACAGUAUCAGAUGUUCCAAGAUUUGAUGGGAUACAGAGCAGAGGAACACAGACAGACUUGAAAACUGAGAGAAAAGUUGGAUGUGAAAGUAACAGACAUGGAGAAGUGCAGUACAUUGAGGACAUAAAUGAAAAUCUGGAGCUUAUAAUUGCACAGCAGAAAGUGCUUCAACAAUCCCGCAAAGCAGUAGCUGUAGUUCCACCAAUUUCUCAGCAGGUUCCCGGUCCAGAAAAGAAAGACUGCGGCACAACAAGCUCUGAUGAUAGCCUGCCCUUCAAGAUAGAUGCUGUCUGGUCUCUUGAUAAGGACGCCAAGAACGUGGACCAAGACCCAAAUGCACAGAAUCAACCCAAAGAAAUAACAGAAGAAUUACUGCAGGUGUAUUCAGUACCACAGGAAUGUAAUGAAGAUGAAUCUACAGUUAAGAGCCUAAUAGCUGACACUCCAAGCUCUGAUGAUUCUCUGUCUAAAAUGGGCUCGAACACAUCUCAAGACCCUGUUUGCGCUACUGUUUCAGCACCAGAAGCUCCAGAGGAGCGCAACAGUGUAGAGACUGACGAAUCAAAUUGCAAUAGAGUUGACUUGUCCGAGGUUGAAGUGCUUAAAUUUACAGUGGUGAAUUUUAAAAACUGGGUGAAGUUUUCUGAAAGUCAACUAGAAAGCAAUAUAAAAGAACCAGUAGCAGAUCUUGAGAAGCAUCUCGUGGAUCUCUACUGGGAUGGAAAUGCACAAAAUAUAUUAAAACAACUGCAUGUGCUCCUGGCAGAUUUCAGUAGUCUCUCUUCUCAUUUGUCCAGGAAAGAAGUGCACACGGCAGUGUUUCAAUAUCUUCAACCCAAAGACUUAUUGAAACUGGAACAUGGUUAUCACAUUCUGAAAAACGACACAAACAUACCAACUGAGGAAUUUAGGUCCUCGUGGUUGAACGUGGAUGGACAGACUGCUGAUAUAGAAAAUAUUCUUGCAGAACCAAUUUUGGAAUUAAACCUUACUGAUUAUGCUUUACUGGUGGGUCACAAUACUCUUAAUGCUUAUUCAGAGUCUGAACCUUCCACAAAGGUGAGUGAUGCAGAAACCCAUUGCCAUAAGGACAAGGCGACUACUAAAGAGCUUGCAAACUCGCAGCUAUGUGACAGUAAAUCCCUUGAUAAAAUCUAUACGCAAGAACCAUCAAAGAAGCGUGAAGAUGAAAACCUGAAACACCAGCAGCAAAAUCAAAAUUUAAAUCCUGAGGAAUCUGAAGACUCAAAUGAAACAGCAGACACCCUGUCCAAGAUCAGUAGAACAGAAUGUGAACAAGUCUGCGGAGAUGCAAGAAAGGAGCUUGGUACUUCUAAGACUUACUCAGAAUCCGUUGAGCAGGCAGAUCUUUUAAAUGAAGCUGAUUCCAGCAAUGACCCUAAAUUAAUUGAACUCUCACUUCUGUCAUCUGAUGAUACUAGAACAAUUUCUAAGGAACAGACUGGCUGCGAUUGGCAAAAAGAGCCUUCUCAGUUGUGCCAGGAUGAAACGACAGUUUUGGUCAUCCCAGACAGUGAGUCAAAAGAUUUCUGCAAUUCAGGCAAGCCAAUCAAGUUCACUUGCCAUCAUGUGGCUGACAGCAAAAGGGAUGUUGAAAAUUUCUGCCCCAGGUGCUGGGAAGAGACACCUUUACUGGAUCUAGAAGAAGCUCUCCACAGCCCAGAGGAGAGUAUUCCUAAUAUGAGAAGUCCUCCUCAACAGUAUGAUCAAAGUCAGUAUGAUCAAAGCUGUAAUCCACACUCUGAUAAUGCAGUACAAUUUGAGUCUGGAUUACCAGAGAGUAGCAGCAUAGCUGGCUCACCAACUUCAAAGGAUGAUGUAUCCGAAGUCACUUUCUCAGAACCAGAAUUUAACCCAGGUGAUACCGUAGAGUGUCCGGCACCAAAUAUUGAAAAACCAGUCGUUCCAGCGCAAACCAAAAUUCCAACAGAUGAGGUUUCUCCAUGGAAAAAUCGACCACACAAAAAGUUAAAACUAUCCAAACAGGAAAAAAAGACUGUAGAUGAACUUUUCACUGCUGAUGAAAAAGCUAACUCCAAAAAUAUACAUCCAAGUGACCUUACUGUUACCCUAGCUGAAGAUGACCAGAAAUGUUGUGACGAAAGGAAAGAAACAGAAGGAAGAAAAACUCCAAUCAAGCAAAAAAUUCAACUUAAUGCUUCAGAACCUGAUAAACAAGACCUGAAUGUGAACAUGUGCUCAGAGAGCAGCAGUAACUCUUCAAUUCCUUCAGCCUAUAGAGUUAAUAUGAGCCUCGAAGAUCCAGACACUGAUCUAGGUGAUUCAAAACAGAGCUCUAAUUUACCAAUUAAAGAAUCAGAAUUAUCUGAUACUUCACCAGAUAAAGAAGCGCAUGAACAAGUGCCCUCAGAGGGUGUUAACCUCACCGUGCCAAAUGUAGCACAAGUGUGUGAGGCUCAAUCUCUCUUACAGAAAAUUGAAAAGAGAAAAACAGACAUUCUGUCACCGACAACAGCAUCAAAACAAAAAUAUUCUUCACCAAGAUAUCCACCAUAUAAAAAGGUAAAGGUUAAUAGAACUAUAUCAGCACCUGCCGAAGAUGACCUUUUCACCCCGGAUAUCGUGGUUAAGAAAGCUAGCAGUUCAAGUGACCUUAAUGUUAAUCCUUCUGAAGAUGUACAGCAUCAUUUUAAAGAUGAAAGAAACAAAAAAGGAGAAGAACGAAAGUCUUCAGUCACUCAUCGCAAUCAGCAUUCUGGCCAAAUUACAACAGACGCACAUGGGAAACUGACAACGGUAUCUGUUAAGUCUCAAGUGAUAAAUGAUAUGUUUCAACCGAAAAGACCGACUGUUGCAGCAAAUUCCAAUGGCAACAACAAGAAAAUACUUGGUAAUACACAACCAACUGGACAAAGCGAAGGAAAGAAAAAUAUGAAAUUUGCACUGUAUGGAUUUAAUAAUGGCAAUGGCAGAAUGGUUCAGCAGCAGUUCUUCAACAGGACAAAGUCAUCAACAGCUCCUGUUUACAUCACAGUUUCAUGCACAAAUGAAACAUCCCAGAGCUACAAGGAGGACACGCUUUCGGCUAAGCAAAAGGUCUAUAGCCAGUGGAGUAACACGUUUGUGGAAACAAAAAAGAGUACCUCUUCUCAUAAGAAACGUCAAAAUGGUGUGAAAGGAGAACUGGAUUCCAUGAUGAAAGCACUCAAAAGACACCGUAAAGAAAUAUCUGCUAUCAGAGAGAAGCAACCCACAGGUGGUUUGAAGCAAAAGAAGAUUGUAUAAAAGUGCUGAAGAUUUUCUUUGAAGACAAAAAGCUGAAAUGAACCCUUGCUGAUGAAAAUAUAACUGUGGGAACAAAAACUACACUGGCUCUUUAGUAUGUUAUAAAAUAAGCUUUUGCUUAUACAGAACCAGAGAGUGUUGGCCAAGAAUUAGCUCAUGAACCAUCACGCUUGUCUUUUAAUAAUGAGUUAGUGUGACUCACACCACCAUUAAUGUACAGAGCUGCAUGCUAAAAAGAAAAAGGUGGACUUGUAUCUUGAAAAAAACUUGAAAGCUAUACAAAAACUAUGUGCACUGACUGUGGAUUUAGCUAUUUACAUGAAAUUGUCUUUGAUUCACAUCUGGUUCAAUCUGGUUAAAAAGUGUCAAACAAGCCAUUUCGUCUGAACUUGUUUUAUGGUGAAUUGUAAAAGCUAGCAUUAUGGUUCAUUUCUGUGCUGAAUCCACUCCUCUAUUCUUUCACUUAAAACGUCUAGUGAAAGAGUUCUUUGUUCUCUUUCCUACUAUAAGUAGCAUGAAAUGGUUGAUUUGUAACUGAUAAUAUUCUGUGUGUCAUUUUACUUCACUACAUUUUUAGUGGUUCAUGAACUUUAAGAUUUUAUUUGGUCCAAGAGCUGGUAACUUGAUGGCCAUUGUGAAC